CAUUGUUUUUAUGCCUUAUUCUCCUGACAAUAAAUUUGUGUAACAAAUAAAGGAGCUACCAAGAUAAUAAAUUUGUGAAAUCUUAAAAUUCCUCAUUUUAAGGAAACCUCGUUCUCUUCAAUAAGACGCAACCAUGACGCUCGACAACAGCCAAAUCAAACUUACUUUCAAAAAGCAGACGCUUUUCUUGACUGGAGCAACAGGGUUUCUGGGUAAAGUCAUGAUGGCAAAACUGCUAACAGACUGUGACGAUAUUAAAAAGAUCUACAUACUUCUGCGAUCCAAAAAAGGGAAGACCACUGAGCAACGUUUUAAAGAAAUUUUUCUGCAGCCUUGUUUUGAGGUUUUAAGAUCCAAAACUAGCAAAUGGGAGGAAAAAAUUUCGUUCAUUGCAGGAGACUGCGAAGAACCUUACUUAGGAAUAAGCAAGGAGAAUUUGAAAAUUUUGAAGAAUGAAGUUAAUUUUGUUAUCCAUCUUGCGGCGAAUGUAAGGUUUGAUCAGAGUUUGAAGAAGGCUGCUAGUAGUGUUAAAUCUACUGUAGAUCUUUUAGAACUGAGUAAAGACAUGGUUGAUUUAAAGUGUUUCGUUCUUGUAUCGACAGCUUAUUCCAACUGUAUAAAUUUUCACAUUAAGGAAGAGAUAUACGAUCCGCCCAUGCAACCCGAACUUUUAUUCAGUAUGGUGAAUGGACUAGACGAAAAUAUUUUGACAAAUCUUACUCCCGCGUUAUUAAAGAAAUGGCCGAACACUUACGUGUACACCAAAUGCAUCUCUGAACACUUAGUGAAAAGUGCAGUGAAACACUUUCCAGCCACUAUAGUUAGGCCAUCAAUUAUAAUGAAUUCAAUCAAAGAACCAGUACCAGGAUGGAUUGAUAACACGUAUGGACCCAUUAGCGUGGUGAUAGGAGCAAUGCUUGGUAUCAUUAGAACUAUGCAUGGCGAUAGUAACGUGUUGGGACAUGUCGUACCAGUGGAUUACGUUUGUAAUUGUAUUUUAGCUGCUACGUGGAAAACCGCAACUGAAAAAAAAUCUAACACUACAGUUUUUAAUUAUAUCGGUUUUAACAGGAAGCAGCUUAAUUGGGGACAGUUUUAUUCCUAUAUAAAUUCAUGUUACUGGAGAAUGCCCUUCCAGAACUUAAUUUGGUAUCAGAUUUUCAAAUUGAGAGGAAAAUUGGGCAACCAAAUUUUCACGUUCUUGUUGCACACUAUUCCAGCGUACCUUAUUGAUGCUGUUCUCUAUUGUAUAGGAAAACCAACCAAAGCUGUCAAAGCCUACGCAAAAAUCGAUAAAGUUCUCAUGCUUAUGUCGUAUUUUGGUACACACAAUUUUGAUUUUGAUGAAGAUAACGUACGAUAUUUGUGGACGGAGAUGAGCGCUGAGGACAGAAAGUUGUUUAAUUUCUCAAUGGAAGACUUACAGUGGAAAAAUUAUCUUUACACGUGUACUCUAGGAUUCAGGCGCUACCUCACAAAGGAUCCACCUAUCGUCAGGAAAAAAACAUACGUAAAAUUAUACAGUGUUAUGGUAGCCCAUUAUUUAAUUGUUGCAGUUUUCUGUUUUUUGUUGUAUAAAUUCGUAACAAUUUUUUUUAAUUCCUUAUGGUAA